GCCAAGGCAGUGGCUGGCCCUGGAUUACACAAGUGCAGACACUCCGCUAAGUGAGGGUUUCAUCACGGUAAAAUCACGUUUUGGAAUCGAUGGUCUCAGAAGAAAAACAGAGGACUGAGUAAGGUCCUAACCCAGGAGCUAAAUCCAUGCAGACAGACCCCUACACCUCCACAGGCUUCUACUGAAGAAUCACCACCAAGCUGGAGCAAACAAGUAAAAGCAUUGACUCAAGUGCCCACAUGAUCACCACCGCCAGGGUACCUGCUGAUAAGCCGGUACGAAUUGCCUUCAGCCUUAAUGAUUCCCCAGAUGACGCUUCCCCUGAAAGCUUCUCUUUGGCAUUUCCAGAACUAGAUCAGCAGCUGCAGCCUCUGCCUCCUUGUCAUGACUCUAAGGAAUCUAUGCAGGUGUAUAAACAGCACUGCAAAAUAGCAGAAGAGUACCACGAGGUCAAGAAAGAAAUUGCUCUGCUGGAAGAAAGAAAAAAGGAGCUGAUUGCCAGACUGGAACAAGUGGAAAAGGAAAGCAUGGAUGCUGCUCGGCUGGCUAAGGAGUAUGCAGAACUGACAGAGGAGAACCGGACACUGAAGCUGGCCCAGACGCAGUGCGUGGAGCAACUGGAAAAGCUCAGGAUACAGUACCAAAAAAGACAGGGCUCCUCAUAACUCCCAACUAGCUCAUGGGAGGCAGCUCAUACAGGAAUGGUCCUGUGCUGGAAAGAGAUUUUAAAAUAAAGAUCUGUUUAAUAUGUUGCAACACUUUACUACAGAGUACAUAGAAGUCUGAAUUUGGUUUAAUACUUGCCACCCAGUAGCUUAAUAUAAUGGAUAUUUCAUCCAUUAUAUAAUGAAUGUUUUAUUUCAAGUAACAUAAUUGAAGUUAAUCUAUCCCCAUUAUAUGUUCUAGUGGAUCAGGUUUCUUUUCUAAACAUAUUUCUUCCAAUUUAAGAAGAUAUGGACACACUAGAAAAUUAUAUAAAUAGUCUCUGUGUUGGAAAUUUGGAUCAUACUAAGGACUGGGACAAUGUUAAUAUAUGGAAUACAUGUAUGUUAAUUUUAGUUUGGUAAAUUCUUUUUAAAUUAUUUUCUUCAUGCAUAAAGUGUUUGGAAGUUAUUUUGAAGCAGAUCUCCUUACUAGUAAAAACUAUACUUCAUGUCAACUUCACACUGUUGUAUAAAAUCUGAAAAACUGCACAUUAAAAAUUGAAGUAACAAAAUCAUUUUUAUCAAACAAGUGGACUGCAGUGAUAAUUUGCAAGUUAUAAAAUUAAAAGGAAAUAGAUGGAAACUUUCCUUCCUUAAGUGUAAAGAUUACUUGAGUGUCUGUUUAUUGUACUUUUAGGCAUGCAAGAAAUGAAAAAUUAAUACAAGAAUCAUAAUUUCAUCAUAGUUUCAACUGAGACUAUGUCAGUAAAAUUAUUGUAAGGAUCUUUUGUUCUUAAUUUCUGGUCUAUUUUGAAGCAUAAGUGGUUGUAAGUAGGGACAGGAGUUCUGUGAUACACAAAUAACUGGGAAGUAAAAUGUCAGUUUUACUUGCUCUAUUUAUCCCUGUAUUUUCUUAGAUCAACUUAAAAAUCUUCAUUACACUUCCAUUUCUAUUCAUAGAGCAGUUUUUUCAUUAAAAGUGGA